AUGACAGGAGAUCGUGAUGUAAGUGAACAUGUAUUGAAUAAUCGACGUUUUUGGGAGGAUUCCAAUCUUAAGACUAAUAAUGAUGAUGACAGUGAUAAUAGUAACAAAAGUAAUAAUAAUUAUGAGAAAUUUUUUAAUUCAUCAUCAUGUUCAUUAGUAAAUAACCAUGAAAAUGAAGUAUUUGUUAAUCAACCGAAACACGUAUGCAAUUCACCACGCACUGCCACAGUAAAAUCCAAAUCUGUUAUGAGAAUGAUGAACACAAUCCCUCAAAAUAAUAAAACAUGUCAUCCACUGACUAGUAAUGGAGAUUCAACACCAAGUAAAUCUAUAUUAUCAGGUGAAGUUGAUUCUCGUGAUAUGUACAUUAAACGCUCUGCUGAAACUAAACACAUUCAUGAUAAUUUAGAAUGUGACAGAUUGAAUUAUGAACCAAUGUACAAUUGUAAACCAAAUUUGUGCCAUGUAUCGUUGGAACAUCAGAGUGGAGCCAUAAAUUCACUUUUAAAAUCUGAUUUGGAUACUAUGAGCUCCGGUGAAGUUGUACCAAGUCAUUCAGAUGUCAGUUCUCUUCCAUCCCAGCCAAUUGGUCUUGCAGUUCACAACAAAGAAUCAAAUAUUUUAGGCAUUGAUUAUCUAACUGAAACUCAACAAUUGAUAACAGAACCAACAGAUUUAAGUUUAGCUAUGCUGUGUCACAGAAUCAGUCGUUUACAGACCGAAGCAGAAGCUGUGGCUAAAGCAAUCUCGGUUAAUAAUCAUAACAAUAGUGCUUGUAUCAGAAAUAAACAAUCUACGAAUAAUUUACCGAUUAUCAAUCAACAGUUUACUAGUCCAGUAGAUGAAGCACAAUCACUCCGAACCGAUUCAAAUAGUCGUACAAUGAAUGAAAUACAGAUUCGUCAUUCACCGGGAAAAUCUGAUGAAGGUCUCGGUAGAUCAGUCAGUAAAAAUGAACAGCCAAGUCAAUUAGACAAUGGUGCUAAAAAUAAUAUUUAUGAUCAAGGCGAUACUUGA